AUUCCCAGCUCGUACAGAUUACCCAUGUCGCCACAGUCCUACAGUGAAGCUGUGCAAAGUCAGCCAAGUGGAUGUGGCUCCACCCCUGUUAACACGACUAGGUUAACAGAUCCGAGUGGGAAAAUUGCACUAAGUGAGAACUUCAUAACACCCAUCCCCAUGGUAGACCAUGAAACAAAUAGGAAGGCCAAAAAGAAACGUUCACGACGUCGCAAGACGACAAGAACGCUCCCCAAGAAGACAGACGACUGCAAGGUCUGUGCUUCUGUUGUCGAACAAGCAGACUCUGCCUUCGAAUGUAACUUUUGCAACCGAUGGGUGCAUUGCAGAUGCGACAGUGGGGUACCAAAAGCAUAUUAUGACUUUAUGCGUAAAAACCCAUGCCAAUGGUUCUGGUACAUAUGCCCGAGUUGCCGUCCUGAUGUAGCCUCGCGUAGUCCUUUGAAAACUAAAGGUGGCACAGAAGUAGCGGGGAAAAAGGUGAAAAGCUCGACCCCCACCAAUCCGGAAGUUAGUACAAACGCGAGUAAACCGGGGAUACCAAAAUCCUCACCGGUUAAACUUGUAACUCUUGCCAUAACCGCUCCAGACACAGAGGCUGGAGAACCACGGGUUUCCGUCGUUGGAAAAAGACCCCAACCGUCUACCAGUAAUGCUGGCUUUAGCACUGAGACACAUAAAAAUACCCAGUCGCACCAGUCAAACCAAAACGGUCUUAAAGGUGAUCACAAACGUGCGAGGACCGAGCCCAAGCCCACGGUUAGCAGAUCAAAUUGUGUAAUCCUCUUUAAUGUACCAGACUGUAGCAGUAGUCUGCUGAAAGAUAGGGCCCUAUUUGAUCAGGAACAGUGGUCCAUCUUAAGUAGCACACUGGGUUUGGACAUCCAACCAGUAAAUCUAUGCAGAUUGUAUAGGGGCACUGCUGCACCUGAAGGCAAACCAUCCCCACUGAGGGUAACAUUGAGCUCUACCGAGGAUGUUGAAAAAGUGUUACUGGCUUCUCAAGUCCUUUCUAUAGGGAGGGCCUGUAACAUACGUGUUAAGCCAGACAGGCCGUGGAAGGAAAGACAAAUGGCGAGGGAGUCGCCAGAGCUCAUUCCUUCUGCCUCCAUGGUUGUGCAUGGCAUUCCCGAACUGGUAACUGGGAACGCCUGCGAAAAGCAUUGUCAUGAUGUACAACAAUGGAGAUGGUUAGCAUCCCAGAUGGCCCUGGGAAGUUCAGGGGCUGUCUCUAUUUAUAGACUGCCUCGACCCACUCAUCUUAUGUCAAUUAACUCGCCACGUCUGUUAGCUGUCAAGUUCAGCUCCCAAGACCAGUUGACUACCGCUCUCCAUAGAUGGUACGAGACCAAGGACAAGGUCAGCAAACACAUUCGCUGCUGCGAGAGCCGGCCUCGCACUCAAAGGAGAGAACAAAGCGUAGUAAAAGAAAAUCCUCAACCCCUAGUCACACUACAGCGGUGCAGCACGGACGAUGAUAGCCAGUGUCAUCCGAGUGCUCCAACUGAACUAGAAGAAAAAAACGCCAACAGGCCGGUUCCUGGGGAAUCGGCCAACUAGUUCGUAGGAUAACUCCUCAACCGAUAGCCAAUAUCAAGUCAACUACCCCCCAAUACGGGGAAGUGGUGAGACUGACUACCAGUUGCCUGUAUAGUAAUGUGAGAGGGCUAAGAGGCAAAAUAGCUGAACUUAGACACCUACAAUCACAACUAAACUCCAAAAUCAUAAUACUGACGGAAACCUGGCUAACCCCUACGGUGGCAGACAGCGAAGUCAGUAUAAAUGAUAUGGUC